AUGGACGUUCGCCCCCAGGGUUGGCUGUGCCUGAACCUUGCCCCCAAGCGGGGCAGCAAAUUUAGGGAAGAUUGUCCUCAGGAUCGUGAGGAACUGGGCCGCCACAGCUGGGCCGUCCUACACACCCUGGCCGCCUACUACCCCGACCUGCCCACCCCAGAACAGCAGCAAGAUAUGGCCCAACUCAUACAUUUAUUUUCCAAAUUUUACCCAUGUGAGGAGUGUGCAGAAGACAUAAGGAAGAGGAUAUAUAGGAACCAGCCAGACACGCGCACACGGGCAUCUUUCACCCAGUGGCUGUGCCGCCUGCACAACGAGGUGAACCGAAAGCUAGGCAAGCCGGACUUCGACUGCUCUAAAGUGGAUGAGCGCUGGCGUGAUGGUUGGAAGGAUGGCUCCUGCGACUAGAGGGGGGCCAGCUAGAGCCCAUGGGGGCUGCCUGGCUAGAGAGGGGCAGGGCAAUCAUUAAAGUGCAUCGUAGCACUCUCUAAAGUGGCAGA